UGUGGCUUUGCUUCCAGAGCCAGACGGUUCGACAGAGAGGCUUGCAGGUGCGGCGGGGGAGAAGAAAAUAGAGCUGACAAACCGAAAGGCGCUGAGUAGGUUAGAAUUCAGUGAGGAAAGGGAGAUUUCGAUUUUGGAUCUUAAGGGAAUCGAGAAGAAAAAGGGAUUUCUGCGUUUGUACAGAUAGGAAAACAGCAAGCGAAGGUGAACGAAAGCAAAAAAAGGGAAAGGAAAAGAAAGGUUUGGAACCCAAUCGCUCCAGCCGUAGGUUUGAUUCUUUUUGCGAGAAAGAGGGAACAAUGCCGUUGGGACUCAUACUAGGGAUAGGAAGGGCUAUGCGAAGAAAGCGCACAUCUUCUCUUGACAUUCUCUCAUCUAAACGAGCGCCUAGAGAUUACUACAAAGGGAAGAAUUGCAAACCCACGGGUUUCCAUACACGAAAAGGUGGGUAUGUUGUGGUGCAAGAGAAAUUGCCUAAUUAUGUUGUCCCUGAUUUAACUGACUUCAAGCUUAAGCCCUAUGUGUCCCAAUGCCCAAUAGAAGUCAAAACUGCUGAGGCUCCAGAAUCUGCUAAAUAAUCAAAUGGAGAUAAUUGCUUCUGCUGCCUGUCUGCCAUGAUCUUGAGUUUCUUUGAUUUGGCAUGUAAUUAGGCUAGCUGAGUGAAGUUAGCACUGCUCGAUUUUGUCCCCAUUUAGUUAGUUGCGAUCUGUUCGAAUGAUUCCUUGUUUAGUUCUUAGUUGUGAUAUGUUUGAAUUAGCUCCUUGAGAUAUUUGAGGGUAAUCUAUAGGGUGUCAAAACUAUUGGAUAUUGAUUCACGAUCCUUAUCAUUCAAAGGUAGGUAAAUGUUCUUAUGGUGUUCACCGGGUAGGAAACUCUAUAUAAUAAAUCCUUUGCUUAUCUUAUUCUGCUAA